CAUUUCUCUUCAGGUAAUCUUCUGUUGGGGAAGUGUAUGCACUGAAUUGCCCAGAAGUAAAUAUUCAUGUGUCUCAAAACCGUUGUUUAACAGGUCACUUUCAAAGUGAAAGUUCAAUACAGCAUAACCUAAACUAUUUAAAAUAAUCGACGAAUUUAUUACGGCGGGACUAAUAAAAAACGUACAGAAGAAGAACGGUUGGGCAGCGCGUGACGUGUCGUCAAGUGUCGUUUGAAUGUCGGCCAAGCAACACGAGAGGAGGCAUGUCACCUGAAUAUUGUUUAUCUGAGAGUGAUGAUGGUUAAACACGAGAUGAAGAAUGUCGUAUACAUAACGGAUGGACAGCGCGAGGACCUAAAUGUCGUCUGAGUGACACUGAAAUGUCGUACGCUUAGAGAUAGCUGACUAUCUAGUCAACAAGCUAACGUUAGUAGCUUAGCCGUCAGAGUCGACGGUGUUAUUGUUGACGACUCUUGUUGUUUAAAAUGCUCGGGGAAAAAACAACAUGUCGUGAUAAUAUAACGAAUUCGUUAGUAUAUUCCUUAUUUUUGGGCAGAUUGGUCUAUUGAGCUACAUAUUCAUCGAUGUGUUGUCUGUUUUUAGUGUUGACAUUUUGCCGUCCCUAGUAUAACACGUGAUUUGGGGACAUUACAUGUGUGAUUAUAUCUUGUAAAAAUGUUAGAACACUUUGUUUAUGAAAACUCUCGACCAGACUAUCUGAGAUUAGGAUUUUGCCUCAUCUAUGUUAAAACUCAAUUAGGGCUGGGUUAUUAGUUAACAAGUUGAGCACCUCACCGUCUUCAUUCCAGCGAUUGCUGGGGUGUUGUUUUUAUUUAACAAGUUAACUAAACCUGUUUGUGAGGUUACAUUUCUGCUCCAAUCAGGAGCUGCAGUCUGUGAAUACAUAGGAUACUUUCCUGCCUCUGAUCUUUACCUUUUAUUAAAAUGAAAAACUGUGAGUAUCAACAAAUUGAUCCCCGAGCACUGAGAGCAUCCUCCACCUUGUCAUGUGGGAGGAAAAACUCCCAACGCCUCAGGAGGAAAUGGGAGGUUUUCCCUGGUAACAAUCGCUUCUACUGUGAUGGACGUAUUAUGUUGGCCAGCCAAUGCGGUGUGCUCCCACUGACCAUCGGCCUUAUUUUCAUCACCAGCGGUUUAUUUUUGACAUUUGAUUGCCCCUUUCUGGUUGAGCACCUCACCGUCUUCAUUCCAGUGAUUGCUGGGGUGUUGUUUUUAUUUGUGGUCAUCAGUCUCCUCCAGACCAGUUUAACAGACCCAGGGAUUUUACCAAGGGCUUUACCAGAUGAGGCUGCAGACAUUGAGAGGCAAAUUGAUAAUUCUGGAUCCUCAACCUACCGUCCACCUCCUCGCACGAAAGAGAUCCUUAUAAAUGACCAGGUGGUCAAACUCAAGUACUGUUUCACCUGCAAGAUGUUCCGUCCACCCCGGACAUCCCACUGCAGCCUGUGUGACAAUUGUGUGGAGCGGUUUGACCACCACUGUCCUUGGGUGGGGAACUGUGUUGGGAAACGCAACUAUCGUUUAUUUUACACCUUCAUAGUGUCACUGUCCUUUCUGACCUCCUUCAUCUUUGGCUGUGUGAUCACUCACCUCACGUUACGAUCACAAGGUGGGAAGGGGAUCAUCCAGGCAAUACAGGAGAGCCCAGCCAGUGUUGUUGAGCUGGUCAUUUGCUUCUUCUCCAUUUGGUCCAUUCUGGGUCUGUCAGGUUUCCAUACUUACUUGGUGGCCUCCAACCUCACAACCAAUGAAGAUAUCAAAGGUUCUUGGUCCAGUAAGAGAGGGGAAGAGUCAGGAAAUCCUUACAGCUAUAACAACAUUUUUACAAACUGCUGUGUAGUGCUUUGUGGGCCGAUGCCACCCAGCUUGAUUGAUAGAAGAGGCUUUUUGCCUCCUGAUGACACACCUCAAGCAGUCACCUCUGAAGCUGAACGCCCUCCUUUCAUAGCCAAGAAUGACACAAACAUGUGCACACGGGGCACUAAGGAGUUUUUGGAAACAGUGGCACACUCCUCUGUGAUCCAGAGCACCUGUGCUCCAGGCACACUCAAAACCACCCCACUGACCCAAGAGAACCUACUCAGCACCAUUUCCAUCACUGUCUCUCCCCCCAGCAGGCCUCCAUAUACCAGCUGCUCAGGCCGCCAAGCCCGACGCCCCAUGGAUAUGCCCUGUCCCCAGAGAGGGAGCAAACGGGCUGCUCUCCACACCCAUAAACCCAUGUUGCAUCUACCCACCCCCCCUUACUCCCUAAGUCACAGUCCGCUCAUUCUUAGUGACGCUCCCAACACGGGCUUCAUCCCACUGCACUGAGCACAGUGUCACUGCCACCAGCGGCCUUGCGCAAAAUUCUCUUCCCUGUCACUCACCACUCUGAAAACAGCAUUAUACUGUUUUAAGGAACUGUGAUAAAUUAAACUCAGGAUCCUCUCAGGAAGUAGGCAUUUUUCAACAGAUGAGAAUACACCUGCUUUGAACAUAAGACUGCAACAGUUGGUAUUUUUUUGCAUAGCAGUCGGGUUUCAAGAUUUUCUUUCCGUAUGCAUCAGCCUACAGAAUCUUUCCAGAAGAUGGCUUUGUUUUCAGUCCUUUUGCACAAAAAUGAACCUUGAGUCAUUUUCAGCCUUUUUGCAUCUGCUUAGACCUAAUGCAAUAAUUACAUAAUUUAAAAGGUCACUUUGGUCUAAGAAAGCCUUACUUUAGAGUCACAAGGCAUGGUGUACUUUUGUUCAUUUUUGUGGUGUUAAAGACCUGUUGUAAUUAAACAAUUUGUCAAAAGUGUUUGCACCAACAGGCAAGUAGAUAGAAUGGCAAUUUACAAAGGAGUUGUAGAACACGCCGGAUCAGAGUGCUAAAGGGAUAGUUCAUCCAAAAAUGAUAAUUUUCUAAUUUACUCACCCUUAUACCAUCUCAAACUCGUAUUACUUUUUCUUUUGUGGAGCAUAAGCAAAGAUAUUUUGAUGGAUAUAUGAUGUCUGUUUGUCCAUACAGUGGGGUCCAAAACUUUUAUUAAAAUUAUAUAAAGGCAGCAUAAAAGUAAUCCAUACGAAUAGAGUUGUAUAAUACAUGUCUUCUUGAAGCAUUACGAUCAGUUUUGGGUGAGAAACAGACCAAAAUGUAAUGCCCUUUUCACGAUAAAUUUUGACAUCUGCAGUCUCCUAGGCGUGAUCAUGUUUUUGAAGCUCAAUUACUCUUGAGCUUCAAAUGUUUGAAAUGUUAAGCUUUUGGACCUUAUUGACUUGCAUUGUAUGGACAAACAGACAUCUAAAAAAAAUAAUAAUUGUUUUCUGCAGAAGAAAGUCUUACGAGUUUGUGGGAUGAGUACGGUAAAGUAUGAGAUCAUUUUCAUUACUGGUUGAACUAAUCCUUUAAUAAGUAAUGUAUAUUAUACUGUUUGUCAGGAGUAAUUACCUGUACUCACUAAGGCUUUCAUUGAAUUAACAUAUUUCUGUUUGUUGUGUGUCCUUUUAGUAUUUUUAUUUGUGGAUCAAAAGAUGUUAGUAUUCAUGAUUGUUAUUAAGGUGUUUUUUUCUAAGCUUGAGAGAAGAGCUAUUGUAACUGAAACCUUUUUGCCUUGAGAUUGAUGGUGAAUCAAUUACAUACAAAUUAUUAGAAUUAUUUAAUUGUUAUUAAAUGAGGGCCUGGCUCUAAUAAUGUUGACAGUAGAAGUUUCAGAGAUGUCAUGCACAUUUAUCUGAGAAGUAGACCUUAUAAAAGUUUAUCACUGCCAGUGUUGGAAGUAAAAUAAUGCAUAACUUGUUUUUUUUUGUCAUUUUUGCACCAUAAGACUGUUUAAAUUGGUGUCCAUAAAAAAGUGAAAGUCCAUAAAAUAAUAAACAAAUGGGCUUUUCUA